GCGUUUGCCGAAGGGACUUCCCAUAUUUGGCUGCAGCUUCCUGUGACAGCCCGGCGCCUCAUGAUGGUGUGCAUUUCGAGCGUGUGGCUGCGGUGCUCCGUGUUUGCCGCGCGCCUCCAAUACGACAGUGGCUGUAUUUUAGCAAGCCUUUCAGGCAGGUACUACAGCACCAAGACGGCACGUCAGAUACCAGGCAUGGAGUACCAGGAUGCCAUUUGCACUCUGAACACACUGCAGACCAACGCUAGUUCUCUGGAGGAGGUACGCCGAGAGCGGGGCAACCCUCAGUUGCAGCUCCAGGCCAUGAGAGGAUUCCUGGAACGAGCCGGCCUAACAGUGAAAGAACUAGACCAUCUCAAUAUCAUUCAUGUGACGGGAACAAAGGGCAAGGGGUCAACCUGUGCGUUCACUGAGCACAUUUUAAGAAGUUAUGGUUUCCGCACUGGAUUUUACAGUUCCCCACAUUUGGUUCAAGUCAGGGAGAGGAUUCGGAUCAACGGACAGCCCAUUGGGAAAGAGCUCUUCACUAAAUACUUCUGGCAGGUUUAUGGACGGCUGGAUGAAACUAAGGAUGCCCAUGGAGGGACGAUGCCGGCAUACUUCCGUUUCCUCACCAUCUUGGCCUUCCAUGUGUUUCUGCAGGAGAAGGUGGAUUUAGCUGUGAUUGAAGUUGGGAUUGGUGGAGCAUAUGACUGCACCAACAUUAUAAGGAGGCCGUGGGUGUGUGGCAUCUCCUCUCUGGGUAUAGACCACACUCAGAUUCUCGGAGACACCAUUGAAAAGAUCGCCUGGCAAAAAGGAGGCAUCUUCAAGCCAGGAGUUCCUGCCUUCACGGUCAAACAGCCAGAAGAUGCGACCGUUGUGCUGAGGAACAGGGCCAAAGAGAUAAGAUGUCCUCUGUGGGUGUGUCCAGACCUGGAGGACUACCAGACAGAUUGUGGACCAUUGCGUCUGGGCCUGGCAGGGCAGCACCAGCGGUCCAACGCCUCCCUGGCCCUCCAGCUGAGUCACACUUGGCUGCAGAAAAGAUGUCUACCAGAUAAAAGCUUUUCCUCCACCAGUGUUGAGAACACCGGUGUACUUCAAGCGACUACCUUCAAGCCCAGUCCCAUCAUGAUAAAAGGGCUGGCAGACACGGAGUGGCCUGGGAGGAAUCAGACUCUGAAACACGGAGCAGUCACCUACUUCUUGGAUGGAGCUCACACCAUGCGCAGUAUGCAGGCCUGUGUCGACUGGUUCAGAGAGACUGCAGCCCAGCAAGAAAGCAAUGCAAGUGGACCUGUGGCCAGAGUUUUGCUGUUCAAUGCCACAGGAGAGAGAGACUCCUCAGCCAUGAUUAAACUACUGGUGCCAUGCCAUUUUGACUUUGCUGUGUUCUGUCCCAACAUCACUGAAGCCAUCGCUUCUUGUAAUGCAGACCAGCAGAACUUCAAUGUCUCGGUGGAGAACAUGUUGACUCGCUGCUUGGACAACGAGAGGAGCUGGCAUCUCCAUAACUGCCUGGGGGACAAUAAUGGUUCACAGCUGCUCAUUGAGGACAGCCUGCCUCUCGGCUCUGAAAAGAAAGCAGACAGCCUGGUGUUCCCCUGCAUCCUCAGUGCCCUCCGGUGGAUCACCCAGGGCAGGGAUUCACUGCUGGAAGACCCAGCCAAGAGAGUCUUAUCGGUUAAACCCAGCGUCAUGGCCAAAGCUGAACCGCUCCGCGAUGCAGCCGAGAUCCACAUCCUCAUCACUGGAAGCCUCCACUUGGUGGGAGGAGUACUCAAACACCUCGACCCAGCGUCUUCCAAGUAAACAGAUCAUGUGAGGUUCGUGAAUUCAAAACAGUUGAAAUAAUGGGAUGCUCUGCUGACGUGUGCAUUUACUUUGUUGGAAGAAACUGAUUUCUGUCUGUUUAGCUGAGGUUUUUUGGUACUAGCUUCCUGGACAGUGACUGUAGGUGUUGACUUUAGGAGCUCGUCGAUUGGACCAAGGCAGCUCCACGUCUCACAACAGCCCAAGUUUCACCCAGAGCCUUACAGAUGGCUGGACAAAUGUGUGGAGCUAAUGUCUUUAGUCUUACUUGAAGCCAAAUGUUUACAAAGUGUACAUUCAUGUACACCACAAUGUGAGCUAACUGUGUGUCAGUGAUCAUCGAUCCCCCCCCAGAAUGCACCAGUGGUGUGAUGGUUAUUACAUGACAUUUAUGGAAAGGUUGUAGAUUAAUGGCAAAUGUGCUACAUGGAGUUUGGGAUUUCUGGUUUUUACAAUCUAUUUGGAACACUAAUCUUUUACAGUGUUUUUAUUAUUAUUAUUAUUAUUAAAGCCAUUUUGCACGGUUUCCAUUUGACAAUGUCCUUCAUACUCUCUUCUCUUUGUAGUGUAAUUAUUAUGUUAGACUCGGAUGAAUUUAUGUAAGCAAAUCAAAUUUUGUCUAAUCAUUUUUGCACUGGGAUUUUAGUAAAACUAGUCCGUAAUGCAUAUUAAUGAUUAAAUUAUUUGACUUUACUACAUACUUCAUUGUAUGAAUAAGGGUGAAGAUGAUUGAAACUUGAAAUGAAGCUCUCAUCGUGGUCUUUAUGUUGUCAUGGUGAUCCAUUCAUUGAAACCUACCAGUGUUUUAAGCUUAACCGUCAUUUCAGAUUCACCCUGCAACCUCCAAUUUGAGUUCGAAAUCUUUUCUAGUACCAAAUAACAGUGACUGUUCAUGUGGAAACGUUAAGAUACAAAUGCACUUAAAUGAAUUGCUGGCAUCUUAAAUAAGAGUCAAUAAAAAAAAUAUGGAAAUUGUAUCUA